AACUCGCUAUAAUUCUUGUAUUGCCGCCAAGUUUCUCUACCAAUUCAUCAUCCUCAUUCAACAUGCAGCAAAAUCAAUCAAUGUCAACUUUCUGCAACUAUGAAUCCCAUCACUUCAAUUUCUAAUUCAUAGAAACUUGUAACAAAAUAAACAAAAAGCUUUCAUGGCGAAUAAUAAGGUUGAUGCUCACGAACUAUGGAAAAAAACCCUCGAAAAUGCGUUAAAUCCUAAGCCACAGACACUUGGAACUCUCCUUGGUUGUUCUGCUUCUGCUCAAGACUUGAGAAAUAUGGACCUUGAGAAAGAUAAAGAAGACGAGGCGUCUCCAAGAGGGGUGUUAGAGGCCUGUGUUAGAGGCUUUGAGGAUGGUGCGUCGCCUGAAUCAGAAACGAGUUGUUCGGAUUCGAGGGCAAGGUCGCAUUGGGGAAAGUUUUUUAAAUUGUGGAAGAAAAAAUCAGUUAAACACCUACCUUCUAUCCCUCCUUUACCUAUAAAUGUGCCAAAGUUACCAAAGUGGAAAAGCAAAAGCUCUAGGGAAAGUUAUGUUAAGAGUAACAUAUGCAAAUUCAGGUCUUCUUGGGUGACUUUCAGCCUCUCUGACCUCAGAAGUGCCACCAAUGAUUUCAGCCAAGAAAAUUUGAUUGGAAGAGGUGGUUUUUCUGAGGUUUACAAGGGAUCUCUACAAAACGGAAGACUAAUAGCGGUGAAGAAAAUGACUACAGGCAGCACAGAUGAGAAGACAGCUGGCUUUCUAUCUGAGUUAGGAAUUAUUGCUCAUGUUGAUCAUCCUAAUACUGCAAAGCUUGUUGGAUGUUGCAUAGAGGGAGAAAUGCACAUUGUCUUUGAAUUGUCUACACUAGGAAGUUUAGGAUCCGUUCUUCAUGGUUCUGGUUCGAAUAAAGCUAAAUUAGAUUGGAGUAAAAGGUAUAAAGUUGCUCUUGGAAUAGCGGACGGUCUUCUCUAUCUGCAUGAGAAUUGCGAAAGGCGGAUAAUUCAUAGAGAUAUUAAGGCAGAGAAUAUUUUGCUCACAGAGAAUUUUGAGCCACAGAUUUGUGAUUUUGGGCUUGCAAAGUGGUUACCAGAGCAAUUGACUCACCAUAAUGUAUCCACAUUUGAAGGCACAUUUGGGUAUUUUGCACCUGAAUAUUGCAUGCAUGGCGUAGUGGAUGAGAAAACUGAUGUAUAUUCUUUUGGUGUUCUACUUUUGGAGAUCAUAACGGGGCGUAAGGCAGUGGUUCAUAUGCAGAGUCUUGUGACAUGGGCAAAACCUUUGCUUGAUGCUAAUAACAUCAAGGACGUCGUUGAUCCUUCACUUGGAGAUAACUACGAUAAAGGACAAAUAGGAUGCGUCGGUUUGACUGCAUCAAUGUGUGUUGAACAAUCUCCUAUCUUACGCCCUCGCAUGAAUCAGGUUGUAACAUUGCUUAGAGGGCAAGACUCAGUCCUAAAUGCAAAAGCAAACAACACAAGAAGGACUAUCCAAAGAACAUAUUCAGAAGAGUUACUUGAUGUACAAGAAUACAACUCUACGAAAUAUCUAAGCGAUCUCAAUAGGCAUAAGCAAAUUGCAUUGGGUUUUGAGUGUUAAGGACAUCAUAUAUAAAAUCUAUUAUUUGUAUAUAGUUUCUAAAAAGAUUUACAUGGAAAUGUGAAUACUUGUAUA